CAUGCAAAGUCCGAUAACUGAAGAAUCAAAUGAUCUUUCAACAACAAUUGAUGAUGUUGAUACCAUUGAGAUCGUUAAUAUUCUUCAAAAUUGCGAUAAAGAGAUAUUUUCAGGAUGGAAAAAGUACAAAUCAGAUUCUAUAUUUUCUCCAAAUAUAAUUCAAACCAUAUCAAACUUAUCGAAAGUAAUAUCCGAUAUUGUAUCAUCGGAUGAGAAAAUUUGUAUUGUUAUUAGUGGUUGUGGAACAUCUGGAAGGAUAAGUUUUCUAGUUUCCAGAUUUUUCCAAGAUAGAAUAAAUAGAGAUAAUUUAAAAAUUCGAUAUAUUAUUGCAGGAGGAGAUUUAGCUUUAUUUACACCUCAAGAAGCACCUGAAGAUGAUCCUAAAAAAGGAAAAAACUGUUUACUCAAGGCAACAGAGGGUUUUAAUAAAGUAAUUUUUAUUGGUGUAACGUGUGGAUUAUCAGCUCCUUUCGUCGCUGGACAAUUAGACUAUUGUUUGAAUAAUACGGAUAAAUUCAUUCCAGUACUGAUUGGCUUCAAUCCCAUAAAUUUAGCCAGGAAUUCUAAGAUAGAAGAUUGGGAUAAAACGUUCCUGAAUGUUGCUGAAAGAAUGGCAGAGUACAGCCAAAAUGGGCUUGCAUUUGUGGUUAAUCCUAUAGUUGGACCGGAACCGAUAACAGGAUCUAGUAGGAUGAAAAGUGGAACUGCAACUAUUAUACUGCUGUACACAAUACUUGCAACAGCUCUUAAUGAGAAUAAUAUCAAUAGAGAAACUUUAAUAGAAAAAGCCUUAAAAGAAGCUGAAAAAGCUAAUGCGUUAGCCUAUACCCAAAAAAGUCCAAUAGCUAAGGGAAUCAACAUUUGUGGUGAGGCUUUAAAUAGAGAAGGACGAAUUUGCUACGUUGGAAAGGAAUUAGUUGGUUUUAUGGGCUUAAUGGAUGCUUCUGAAUGCGUGCCAACUUUUGGGGCUGACAUUUAUGAUAUAUUUGGUUAUGUGAAAAAUGGAUAUAAAUUCUUAAAUAACGUCGAAGGAGAUCUUUCCUUUAAGGCUGAUAUUUCAUUGGAAUAUUUUAUCCAGUUUGUUGCACCAAAAUUAACAGCGUAUGAUGUUAUUGUAUUCCUGACUCCAGAUAAGAUAACAGUAAAUAGUUUAAAUGGUUGCCCGGCAAAGAAAAUUCUAAUUACCUUUUCGAAGGAUGACUUAGAUAUUAAUUUAUUAGAAUUUUCUGUUGUAAUUAACUUACCCAUUGGAAAUUUUGAUAAUGCUAAUUCGUGGACCAUGCAAUUAGUCAUAAAAGCGGUUUGUAAUGCUCUCUCUACCGGGGCCCAUAUUAUGAAAGGUAAGGUGUAUAAGAACCGUAUGAUAGAUGUGCGAGUUAGCAACAAUAAGCUAUUCUUUAGAUCAUUAAACUUAAUAAAAACAUUUGGUAAAUGUAAUGAUGAAAUGGCGAAAGAAUGUUUACUCAAAGCUAUUUAUGAAGUAAAUAGUUUAAACCAAGAAAUUUUAUCAUUGCCAAUCAGUAGCCACAUUGAAAAGGCAACUGCAAUGGGUAAGGUAGUUCCAACAGCAAUUAUAAUUUGCUUAACGAAUUGUAGUUCAGAAGAAGCAAAAAGUAUGUUACAAGAGACGCCAAUGAUUCGUCAUGCUAUUCGUUUACUAUGUAAUAAACGAUAA